AUGCCCGGAGGUCGAGGCGGUGGUGCUCCCGCGGAUACGACCAAACUCUACGAAACCCUUGGAGUGCCCAAAACCGCGACGGCACAAGAAAUCAAAAAGGCCUACCGGAAACUCGCCGUCAAGCAUCAUCCGGACAAGGGCGGUGACGAGCACAAGUUCAAGGAGAUUUCAGCCGCCUACGAGAUUCUCAGCGACGCGGACAAGCGCGGCAAGUACGACCAGUACGGAUUGGACGGUGUCGACGACGAGUCCGGAGCCGCCGCACGCGGGGAAGACCUCUUCAGCAUGUUCUUUGGAGGCGGCGGACGCGGUGGCGGACGAUCCGGGCCCCGCAAAGGACCCGCCGUCAAUCAUCCCAUCAAGGUCAGUCUGGAAGAUCUAUACAUGGGAAAAACCGUCAAGCUGGCCGUCAACCGCAAAGUCAUUGUCGGGGAAGUCCAGACCUGUGCCAAAUGCAAGGGACAGGGAGCCAUUAUGGAAGUCCGACAAAUUGGACCCGGCAUGAUUACGCAAAUGCAACGCGCUUGUCCCGAUUGCGAAGGACAAGGCACGCAGGCACAGACCAAGACGGAACGGAAGGUCUUGGAAGUCCUCAUUGAAAAAGGCAUGCAGCACAAUCAGAAAAUUACCUUUCGCGGCAUGGCGGACGAAGUCCCCGGCAUGGAACCGGGAGACGUCAACUUUAUUGUGCAAGAAAAGGAACACGACAUGUUCAAACGAAAAGGCGCCGACUUGCUCGCGACCAAGGAAAUUUGUCUCAACCAAGCCCUCUGCGGAUACUCGUGGCACUUUACGCAUUUGGACGGUCGCAAAAUUCUCGUCAAAACCAAACCGGGUCAAAUCAUUGAAUGCGAAACAACGGACGCCGAAUCCGGCCGCACCUUGCCCUACCUGACCAACGUGGUGGGCGAAGGCAUGCCCAGCCACGGUAAUCCCUUCGUGAAGGGCAAUCUCUACAUUGCCUUUCACGUCCAAUUCCCCAAAAGACUCGAACCCGACGUGGUGGCGCAACUCCGCACGCUGUUGCCGGGGGCGAACGUCGACGAAGAUUACGACCCGGAAGAGACGGAAGAACACGCCAUGGAGUUUGCCGACCUACGACACUUUGGCAAGGGCGGAGCGGCGGCCCAAAGCAGCGAAUACGACAGCGACGAAGAAGCCGGUGGUGGACAAGGCGUCCAGUGCCAACAGUCGUAA